AUGGCUUCUACCAAGCCAAUCGGUUCAGAACUCACCCUCUUCGACGCAGAUGACGAUGAAGGCUGGGAGGACAUGCCCAUAGUCCGGGAAAGUGACGAGUUCGCCGAUGGUCUUGACGAGGAGGAUCAGAAGAAGUACCACUACGUGCCACAGGCUAAGAAGGACGGCACAGCUAGCAGUGCAGGGAACGCGACCGGCGGGCUCUUGGAUGUCGACUUUAAAGGUAACGAAUGGCGGACGAAGCUCGAGGCUUCGAACGAGAGCGAGUACACUCGGCUGCGCAUGAUCGAGGAGGACGAUGCCGACGAAGUUCAUCUGCGAACCAAGUAUCUGUUCGACGAGGACAAGGCCAUGACUCCGCUCAGCCAGAUGCAGCAGACGAAGAACAUGCUUACGGAGAUGCAGCGGAUAGCUUAUGUCGGGCUUUGCGCGCUUGUCAGUCAGGAGAUGGUGCAGACGCUGAAGAGCGUGAACAGCAAGGAGAUGAAGCCCGCGAUUCAGAAUAUGGAGCUGUGGGCGCUCAAGAUCCUUGGGCGACUGUAUUAUCACAUGGAGCUUGCAACGCCAGAGCAGAAGAUGAUCGAGAAUUUGGCGCUGCACGGGGUGCGUGCAGAGGAUCUCGUGCCAUCACUUAUGACCACUCACACCGUCGCCAACCCCGAGUACGAUCCUGCCGAGGCUCGCAAGCAGGCAGACUUACGGCAAGAGAAGCUACAGAAAGAUGAAGAAGAGAGGGGAAGACAUCUGGAAGACGAAUCGGACGACCUGACACAGGUGAUCUCAGUCCCUUCGACGCCCUCAAUACCGCCCUCCAUAAGCAGUCCUAUGACCAGCACUAGCCACAGCUUUCAGACGACCGCGCGUAUUCUCGAGGAUACAUCCACCGCCCAAAUACCAGGCGUCUCUACAUCUCUGUCAUCCGCCGAUGAAAGGGUCACUCUGGACAUCCGGUGGACUGUUCUUUGUGACCUGUUCCUCGUCCUUAUCGCCGACAGCGUGUAUGAUGCGCGCUCUCGUGUGUUGCUCGAACAUGUCGCUAUUCAUAUGGGCCUAGGGUGGAUAGACAUCGUGAAGUUUGAGCAGAGAGUCACGGAAGCACUUGAGAUCCAAGAAGGCACGGAAAGUAUGGAACAUCGCGAGGUUGUCGAUAGCCGGCAGAAGUCGUCAAGAAAACGGCGGUACAUGAUGGUCGGAUUAGCCACCCUCGGCGGAGGUCUAGUCAUUGGACUCUCGGCAGGCCUCCUCGCGCCCGUCAUCGGUGCGGGGCUGGGUGCUGCAUUUACAACAAUCGGUAUCUCGGGCACGGCUGGAUUCCUUGGAGGAACCGCUGGCGCCGCAGUCAUCACUACAGGCGGCGUCCUCACAGGUUCCGGGAUUGCUGCGCGGGGCAUGGCGCGGCGGACACAGCAAGUGCGAACAUUCGAUCUCCUCCCUUUGCACAACAACAAGCGGGUCAAUUGCAUCAUCACUGUGUCAGGCUUCAUGAAUGGCCCGAAUGAUGAUGUCCGCUUACCGUUCAGCGUAUUGGACCCUGUCGUGGGCGAUGUCUUCAGUGUUCUUUGGGAGCCGGAGAUGAUCAUGGAGACUGGUAGCGCGCUGAAGAUCCUCACCGGCGAAGUCCUCACACAGAUCGGACAGACGGUUUUGCAAGCGACGGUGAUGACGGCUCUCAUGUCUGCGCUACAAUGGCCCAUCAUUUUGACGAAGCUUGGAUACCUGAUCGACAAUCCUUGGAACAAUGCCCUCGAUCGAGCAAAGGCAGCGGGUGGCAUCCUCGCAGAUGUCCUGAUUCAACGGCACGUAGGCGUGCGCCCCAUCACUCUCAUCGGCUUCUCUCUCGGUGCACGAGUCAUCUUCUAUGCGCUCCUUGAGCUCGCAAGGCAGAAAGCGUUCGGCAUCGUUCAGGAUGUCUUCCUGCUUGGCACGACGGUCACUGCCUCGCAAAAGACAUGGUACCAAGCACGAUCAGCCGUAUCGGGCCGAUUUGUGAACGGCUUUGCUCGGAACGACUGGGUUUUAAAUUAUUUGUUCAGAGCGACCAGUGGCGGGCUGAACACCGUCGCAGGCCUCCGACCCGUGGAGAACGUGCCUGGUUUGGAGAACGUCGACGUCACAGACAAGAUCGCGGGGCAUAUGAGCUACCGUACAUUCAUGCCACUGAUCUUGGACCAGCUCGGGUUCCCUGUAUCAGCCGAUCAUUUCGACGAGCCGGAGGAACCCGAUUUCGAGGAGGACCGGAUCGUCGUCCGGGAGGGCGAGGAUGUCUCAAAGAAGAAGGGCUGGUUUGGAAAAAAGCAAACGCCGGCAACAACGGCGCAAACUCCAUCUCAACCUCCGCCUUCA